AAAAUUAGCCGGCCAGCUUUGGAACUGAUCGAGAAACUGCUGCCGAGUGGGUGGGAGAGGUCUGUGUGCAUGGUGCACAUGAAAACGCAAGGAAGAAAGGAGGAGAACGCUGAAAUAUUCCUCCUUGGGUGAAAAGAAGUCUCACAGUUUCACAGUCCACCAUGGCGGACGAACAAGAGAUAAUGUGCAAGCUAGAAAACAUCAAAGAAAUAAGGAAUAAGACAAUUCAGAUGGAGAAGAUCAAAUCUCGACUGAGGAGUGAGUUUGAAGCUCUGGAGUCAGAGGAGAAGCACCUGAGAGAGUACAAACAGGAAAUGGAACUUCUGCUGCAGGAGAAAAUGGCUCAUGUAGAGGAGCUGCGUCUCAUACAUGCUGAUAUUAAUGUGAUGGAAAACACUAUCAAACAGUCUGAAAGUGACUUGAACAAACUGCUGGAAACAACCAGACGUCUCCACGAUGAAUACAAGCCGCUGAAAGAACACGUGGAUGCCCUGAGGAUGACCCUCGGCUUACAGAGACUCCCCGACCUCAGCCAGGAAGAGGAGAAGCUCUCAUUGGACUACUUUGAAAAGCAAAAAGCUGAGUGGCAGACAGAACCCCAGGAGCCUCCUAUCCCAGAAUCCCUUGCGGCGGCGGCAGCUGCAGCCCAACAGCUUCAAGCUGCACGGAAACAAGACGCCAGGCAGACAGCGACGUUCCGCCAGCAGCCGCCACCUAUGAAGGCUUGUCUCUCCUGCCACCAGCAAAUCCAUCGGAAUGCACCGAUCUGUCCUCUCUGCAAAGCCAAAAGUCGCUCACGCAACCCUAAAAAGCCCAAGAGAAAACCAGACGAGUAGCAUGCACAGCUCCUAACAACCACAGAAAAAGCUUAACACACACAGCCCCAACAGAAAACAAUUUACUCACAUAAACACACUCACUUACACUCUCAUGCAUGCACAUGCCACACAGUCACUGCGCAUCUAUACACACUUAACUGAAGGAAAGGACCAUCUGCAGUCUGAUAACUUGACCUCUUAUAAUGAUCCUGUAGUUAAUCUGUCUUCCUGCUUCAGAGGACAUGAGGUCUCAGUUUUUCAUUUCAUUUUUCUAUUAGUGAAACCAUUAAGUGAUAUUGUGUUUGUACUGUGUCUGUAUUUAGUCCGUAGUGGAAAUGGAUGCUGGCUUAGAAAUUUUGAGGUGUACUAUUCUGUGUGGGGUUUAAUUCUAGUGCAUUAGUUAAAACUAAAUUCUCUAAAGUGGCUUUAGUCAAUAGAGCUGUUUGUAAGGUAUUCAAUUAAUGCUUAAACUGAUCUUUAAAUAAUUAAUAACGGGAUGAUUUUGCAUAUGUCUUUUAAUGUUUUUCCUCAUGAUAACAGUGCGAAUUGUUUUUCUUGUAUUAUGUAACCAUGACUGUCCCAGACCAUGUCAGUGUUGUAGAAUGUCUUGAGG